GCUACUCGACAUGCAGAAAUGGUGGCAAUCGAUCAGGUCCUUGACUGGUGCAAGCAACACAACAGAGAUUAUACAGAAGUGUUUGCACACUCAGUAUUGUAUGUAACUGUAGAGCCUUGUAUCAUGUGUGCAGCUGCCGUCCGCUUGAUGAAAAUUCCACGGGUCAUAUAUGGCUGUCGAAAUGAGCGAUUUGGAGGCUGUGGCUCAGUUUUGAGCAUCUCAUCUGAUGAUAUGGUAGACACAGGAGAACCAUUUGAAUGCAUUUCUGGCUAUUGUGCCAAAGAAGCAGUGGAAAUGUUAAAAGCUUUCUACAGACAAGAAAAUCCCAAUGCACCAAAAUCAAAAGUACGGAAAAAGGACCAUUACACCCGCUGGCACAGCUCCGAACGUCCGUCCCGUGAGAUCCGAACGAUGAGCGGACGCUCGUGUGCAGGGGAGGCACUGCCCCGCACAGUGCCUUGCGGCCGCGGGAAGCGCAAGGCCCGGGCGUUUGCUCUGUAA